AUGUCUACAGUUGUCAAGACAAACCCAUUUCUUGUUUUGGCACCAACAGGUGUUGCUGCAUUUAAUAUACAAGUGACAACAAUCCAUGCAGGGUUGUGCAUACCUAUAAGAGAAAUGCAUCCUUUGACAGGGCAGUCAUUAAUGACAUUGCAAGAACAAUUGAAACAUAUUAAAUAUAUUUUGAUAGACGAAAUGAGCUUUUUAGGCCCAAAAUUACUACUGAAGAUAGAUAGUCAUUUGCGCCAAGCAUUUCCUGACAAUCAACAUGAAAUCUUUGGCGGGGUGUCCAUAAUUCUUGUAGGUGAUCUUGCUCAACUUCCCCCUGUAAUGGAUAAACCUAUAUAUGCAUCACACUCUGCAACCCUCAUUUUAUGGCAUUCUUUUACUACUGUCGUAAUAUUGGACACUAUUUUCUGCCAACAAGGUGCAUCUAUAAGACAACAACAAUUUAGAACACUCCUUCAGAACUUAAGAAAUGCUCAAGCACUGCAAAAUGAUUGGCAGUUUCUUAUGCGCCAGACAAAUGCAACAUUAAAUAUUCAACAGAAGAAGGAUUUCAACUCAUCAAUUCAUUUAUUUGCAACAAAUGAAUCUGCACGGUUGCAUAACAGGAAAAUGCUCAAAUAA